CUUUCGUUUAGUCGAUCUGGAAAUUUUAAAAGGCACACUUGAGCUCUUGCCGUGUUCAAAUUGUCUACAAUUUAGCCUUCAAUUUCUCGAGGAUCCACACAAGCGGAUGGGAUGUGCUUCAUAUCUGUAUUUGAGGUGUUCUUCCUGUGAGUGGACAAAUGAAUUCUACACCUCGAAACUUACUAAUAACUUCUAUGAAGUGAACAGAAGGAUGGUAUAUGCCAUGAGAUCUAUUGGUUGUGGACGUGCUGGAGCUAAGCGAUUUUGUGGACUUAUGAACAUGCCACCACCACCAAGACCUACUCCAUAUGCUUUGCACAACAAAGCUCUUCUCCAGAGUGCUAAGACUGUGUAUGCAAAAACAGUAGUAGAUGCUUCUAAAGAAAUCCAUGACCUGAAACAAACAGCGUCAAAUGAAGUUGUGGAUUGUGCAGUGUCGUGUGAUGGGACUUGGCAGAGGAGAGGAUUUUCAUCACUUAAUGGUUGCGUCGCCACAAUCUCCAUGGAUACGGGGAAAAUUCUAGAUGUGGAACCACUAAGCAAAGUGUGCCAUACCUGUAAGAAGCUCAACAAGAAGCCACAGACAUCUGAAACUGCAUCUUUGAAAGCUGAACAUGAGCCAAAGUGCAAGGCAAACUAUGAAGGAUCUGCACCUGCAAUGGAACCAGAAGGUGCUUUGAGAAUUUUUAAUCGGUCGGUGGAGAGCAACAAGCUUCGUUAUUCAGAAUUUUACGGUGAUGGAGAUAGCAAGAGUUAUGCUGCUGUGAAGGAUGUGUAUGAGGAAGACAAUGUAACAGUCACUAAAAAGGAAUGUGUGGGACAUGUACAAAAAAGGGUUGGAACAGCACUGCGAAAGUUGAAGAAAGAGAACAAAGGUUUGGGAAGAAAAGGUCGUUUAACGGAUGCCAUGAUUGAAAAAUUACAAAAUUAUUAUGGGAUAGCCAUUCGAACUAAUUGUAAAGACAUAGAAUCCAUGAAGAAAGCAAUAUAUGCUGCUCUGUGUCAUUGUGCUUCAUCUGGUAAAGAUGAUUACCAUAUCCAUUGCCCAGAUGGUAAAGAUAGCUGGUGUGGCUUUAAGCGGGAUAAGGCUAAUGCCACAAAGGAGUACAAGCAUGGUGCUGGCCUCCCUAAGCAAGUCAUUGGCCAUGUUAAACCAAUAUUUGACAGACUAAGUGAGUCCAGUCUGCUGCAAAGAUGCCUUGAUGGAAAAACUCAAAAUCAAAAUGAGUCAUUCAAUGCCAUGAUUUGGAAUCGUGUCCCAAAAGAAGUGUUCGUUGGAUCGGAUGUGUUUUCGUUGGGUGUUUAUGAUGCUGCUGCCCAUUUCAACACUGGUGCAUCUGCUGCAAUUGAGCUGCUGAAGGAUAUGGGCCUUGCAUCUGGCAAGUUUUGUUCAGAGGAGUGCUUGAAUUCUGACAAACUGCGUGUACGGAAAGGAAAUUACAAAUGUCAAGACAAGAAUAAGAAACGGCGGAAGGUGCUACGGGGAGAAAAAAAGAAGAAAGGGGACAAAUUAGUCGCAAAAGAAGGAGAAACCUAUGCAUCUGGUGCAUUUUGA